UCAACUUUUUAACUUACUUUGUAUAUGUAGAAAUUGAGAGAUAGAAAGAAAGAACAAAGAGAGAGAUGGCUUCCCACCUCUCAUUUCCCACUCCUUCAGCUCUAUGGGGCUCAUACUUAAACUCCAAAUCUUCUUCUUUAUAUCAGUUGAAUUUGAAGAAGAGGGUAGAUUUUCGUGUGAGCUGCAGCUCAGAGGAUGAGAGUUGUGCUUCAGUUUCUUCUGAGCAUUCACAUGAACCUGUAGAGGAAAAGAAACCUCAAACAUCAGUCUCACGGAGAUUGUGUCUGACUUGUAUCUGUCUGAUGCUAAAAGCUCUGAUAACUGCUUCUGGAAACCCGACUUCUGAACAGAAAGCAAUUGCCUUAGAUGGAAAUGAAAGUCCUGGCUGUAGGAAUUGUGGGGGUAGUGGCGCUAUAAUUUGUGAUAUGUGUGGUGGUUCAGGAAAAUGGAAAGCUCUAAACAGAAAACGAGCUAAAGAUGUUUACGAGUUCACUGAAUGCCCCAAUUGUUAUGGACGAGGGAAACUAGUAUGUCCUGUAUGCUUGGGAACUGGUCUACCUAAUAAUAAAGGUCUUCUUAGGCGGCCAGAUGCACGGAAGUUACUUAACAAGAUGUAUAAUGGGCGACUGUUGCCAAACUCAUAGGUUGAAAGCUGUACUUAAACCAGAAGGACAAUGACAACAGAUGAAAGUAAUUAUGGAUGUCAGAACUCUGGUGUUGUCGCACAUAUAGGGUGUACGUGUUAGAUCUCUAGAUGAACUCUUGUUCUAACUCCCCAACUUAUCUUGAUACUGGAGUAGUAUUCCCGGACGUUCCAUCGCCCCCGACACCAUUCUUGAAAGAAAUGGAAAGUACUUUCUGCCACAUGAUAAGAGUUAGCAUAGCAACUAUUUGGAAUAUUGCAAGAGAAGCAUUAGUUUGUUGAUCAAUUUGCAUAUAUUGUCUUCAUAUCUCAAAACAACAAGAGAAUGAAAGAAGAGAAAAGAGAGGCUUUCUGUACUUUGGGAUGUGUAAUUUCUUUGCAUGAAAAAUUGUCACUUCUUUUUCAUUUGAA